UCCAGCCACCCAAGGGGCUGCUGGUCUGCUCUCAGGAGCCUCCCCCCAGCACUGGGGACACUGCCCAGCCACAUGCGGGGACAGCUGGGGGGGUCAGGGGGGCCCCUGAGGCUCCACUGGGCUCUUGAGCUUCUGGCCGACUUCAUUUCUGAGUCCAGGAGAUGUCGGGUGGUCACUUUGCUGGCAGAGUUUUGAGCGGUGGUGGUUAGCACCCCACACAGGUAGAGCUUCCACUCCCAAGCCCAGAACCCACCCUGUGCCAAGUUUGCCAGGGGCUUUUCCUUUCCCGCCUCCUAGCCAAUGCUCUCGUCCCAGAUAAGGAGGGGCCUACUUCUGCAGCUGGCAGUGAGCCACGUGGCUUCACUCCUCCAGCCUCAGUUUCUCCAGCUGUAGGCAAGUUUUUCCAAGCCUGCUGGCAGGCGUCCAGUGCUCUUGGGUGUUGGGCACUUGGUUUAUGGCUUGUUUUGACUUCUCAUUACUUCUUACCAAUUACUAUUAUUGCUGUGGUAAUCAAAAUAAAAAUAGCAGCAGGUGAUGAGCACAGAGAAAAUUCCCCAGGCCAGGUGACUCCAAUGCCAGGGCAAGAAAGAGAGAAGGCCACAGGCCUGUGAGCUGCUACCUAGAACCAGUGGACAUUGGAGGCUGGGUUCCAGGAGGAACCCACAGAGACUCAAGAGGGCUCUGGGGGCAGAAGGUGGCCCACAAUCUGAGGGGAAAGCCAGUGGGAGCUCUUCUGGAACCAGGACAGAUAGAUGGGGGACGUCCGCCAUGGGGCCCGACAGAGCCUGAGGGCUAUGAGCAAGCUCCUGACCCUAAAACAGGGCUGGAGUUAGGGGGAAUCAGAGGUAGAUGGCAAGACAGGGAAGUGGGCUGCUCCCCUGCAUACCCCAUUUCCUGAGCAUCUUACACCCUCCACGCACCCCUGCCCAGUGCCAGGCCCUGUGAGGCACCAGGCAGGAGCUGUCCAAGGGUGGGAGUGGGGCUGGAGUGGGGGCGGGGGAGAGGCCUUGGAAGGCUUGAGGCCCCGGGUUUCAGAAGCCGGGGUGACCCCAGUGCUGGCAAGGGUGGUCGGGUGGGGGUGCUGGGGCUCCCAAGGGGAGGGCACUGCUGUUCAGGGAACCCCGUCCCUCCCCAGAUGCGGAACUAACGUUAGAUUUGUUUUGCAGCCCAGCUGGGUCUAACCGUCCCCUUCCUCCCCCAGGUGCUGCCCGCACAUCACUUCGUGGCCCUGGCAGCCUGGAGCUCGGGCUUGGGGCCCCGGGAGGGCUUGCCCCCUGGGGGAGGGGUGCGGGAGCGUGUGUGCCCCCCACCUGCUGUCCCGUCUGGUCUGUGUCCCCCAUCCUGGCCCUCUUGAGGCCUCUGUCAUUCUGUCUGCCCCUGCCACCUUGUGUCUGUGUUUCUGGGGUGCUGAGGGCCUGGGGAACACAGCUGGACUUGGGUGGGGCCGUCCCCCGGGGCAAGGGGUUCAGUCUGUGCUUCUGGCUCGGAGGGGCUCCCCGGUCCCAGGACACUCUGAACCCCUUUCCUGGGCCCGGUUCUAGCAGGAGAGCAACGGGCUGGCAGGAGCAGGGCCCUGUGCCCUUCAUUCCCCCUGCCCCCCUCGACCAGUGCUCACCCCCAGCUGGGCUCCCCCCUCGCCCACUGUCCCCACCCAGGGCUGUCCGCCACCUGCCUGCACCCUGGCCCACGUCCCCACGUCACUCCCCUCCUCCCCUCCCCAGUGUCCCUCCCGUCCCGUCUGUCUCCCUGUCCCCCCUUCUGCCCUCCCCUGACCCCCAGAGGAAGGGCCUUGGGGUGGGUGGGGGCUGAACCCAGGCUGCAGAAGGGGUUGGGGAAGCAGGUACCAGGAAGGCCAGAAAAAGGGGGCGUUGUGGCCAGAAAAAAAGGAACGAAAGCAAUUUAAUCUUUUUUUUUUCUCUUUUUUUUCUUGCACAUUUUUUUUUCAAUUUGUUUUCUCUCUCUCUUCCUGAUGCUUAAGUAGAAGUGGAGCAGAAAGGGAAUGGGGGGGUGGGGCGGGGCCCCCCACCUUUCUGACACCAGCGCUGCCUUGGUCCCUCCUCCCGAGCCGGGGAUGGUCACAGUCUUCGUGUGCCCGGGCACGCUGCAGAAGGUGUUGGAACCCACGUCCACACACGAGUCAGAGCACCAGUCUGGUGCAUGGUGCAAGGACCCGCUGCAGGCGGGCGACCGCAUCUACGUGAUGCCCUGGAUCCCCUACCGCACCGACACGCUCACCGAGUAUGCAUCGUGGGAGGACUAUGUGGCUGCCCGCCACACCACCACCUACCGCCUGCCCAACCGCGUGGAUGGCACGGGCUUCGUGGUCUACGACGGCGCCGUCUUCUACAACAAGGAGCGCACGCGCAACAUCGUCAAGUAUGAUCUGCGCACACGAAUCAAGAGUGGCGAGACGGUCAUCAACACAGCCAACUACCACGACACGUCGCCCUACCGCUGGGGCGGCAAGACCGACAUCGACCUGGCGGUGGACGAGAACGGCCUUUGGGUCAUCUAUGCCACCGAGGGCAACAAUGGGCGGCUGGUGGUGAGCCAGCUGAACCCCUACACGCUGCGCUUUGAGGGCACGUGGGAGACCGGCUACGACAAGCGCUCGGCCUCCAACGCCUUCAUGGUGUGCGGGGUGCUCUACGUGCUGCGCUCGGUCUACGUGGACGACGACAGCGAGGCGGCUGGCAACCGCGUGGACUACGCCUUCAACACCAAUGCCAACCGCGAGGAGCCCGUGGGCCUAGCCUUCCCCAACCCCUACCAGUUUGUGUCCUCCGUGGACUACAACCCCCGCGACAACCAGCUCUAUGUGUGGAACAAUUACUUUGUGGUGCGCUACAGCCUGGAGUUUGGGCCUCCCGACCCCAGUGCUGGCCCAGCCACCUCGCCGCCCCUCAGCACAACCACCACAGCGCGGCCCACACCCCUCACCAGCACAGCCUCGCCUGCAGCCACCACUCCCCUCCGCCGUGCACCCCUCACCACGCACCCCGUGGGUGCCAUCAACCAGCUGGGACCCGACCUGCCUCCGGCCACGGCCCCCGCCCCCAGCACCCGGCGACCCCCCGCCCCCAACCUGCAUGUGUCCCCGGAGCUCUUCUGUGAACCCCGAGAGGUGCGGCGGGUCCAGUGGCCAGCCACGCAGCAGGGCAUGCUUGUGGAGCGGCCCUGCCCCAAGGGGACUCGGGGAAUCGCCUCGUUCCAAUGUCUGCCGGCCUUGGGGCUCUGGAACCCCCGGGGCCCCGACCUCAGCAACUGUACCUCUCCCUGGGUCAACCAGGUGGCUCAGAAGAUUAAGAGUGGAGAGAAUGCGGCCAACAUCGCCAGCGAGCUGGCGCGCCAUACUCGGGGCUCCAUCUAUGCGGGGGACGUGUCCUCCUCUGUGAAGCUCUUGGAGCAGCUGCUGGACAUCCUGGAUGCCCAGCUGCAGGCCCUGCGGCCCAUCGAGCGUGAGUCAGCCGGCAAGAACUACAACAAGAUGCACAAGCGAGAGAGAACCUGCAAGGAUUACAUCAAGGCCGUGGUGGAGACGGUGGACAACCUGCUCCGGCCCGAGGCACUCGAGUCCUGGAAGGACAUGAAUGCCACGGAGCAGGUGCACACGGCCACCAUGCUGCUGGACGUCCUGGAGGAGGGCGCCUUCCUGCUGGCUGACAACGUCAGGGAGCCUGCCCGCUUCCUAGCAGCCAAGCAGAAUGUGGUUCUCGAGGUCACUGUCCUGAACACAGAGGGCCAGGUGCAGGAGCUGGUGUUCCCCCAGGAGCACCCCAGCGAAAACUCUAUCCAGCUGUCGGCCAACACCAUCAAGCAGAACAGCCGGAAUGGGGUGGUCAAAGUGGUCUUCAUCCUCUACAACAACCUGGGCCUCUUCCUGUCCACGGAGAACGCCACGGUGAAGCUGGCGGGUGAAGCGGGCUCGGGGGGUGCGGGGGGCACCUCGCUGGUAGUGAACUCACAGGUGAUUGCCGCGUCCAUCAACAAGGAGUCCAGCCGCGUCUUCCUCAUGGACCCCGUCAUCUUCACUGUGGCCCACUUGGAGGCCAAGAACCACUUCAAUGCCAAUUGCUCCUUCUGGAACUACUCGGAGCGCUCCAUGCUGGGCUACUGGUCGACGCAGGGCUGCCGCCUGGUGGAGUCCAACAAGACCCACACCACGUGUGCCUGUAGCCACCUCACCAAUUUCGCCGUCCUCAUGGCCCACCGAGAGAUCUACCAGGGCCGCAUCAAUGAGCUGCUGCUGUCGGUCAUCACCUGGGUGGGUAUCGUGAUCUCGCUGGUCUGCCUCGCCAUCUGCAUCUCCACCUUCUGCUUCCUGCGGGGCCUGCAGACCGACCGCAACACCAUUCACAAGAACCUGUGCAUCAAUCUCUUCCUGGCCGAGCUGCUUUUCCUGGUGGGGAUAGACAAGACACAGUAUGAGAUUGCCUGCCCCAUCUUCGCGGGCCUGCUGCACUACUUCUUCCUGGCCGCCUUCUCCUGGCUAUGUCUGGAAGGCGUGCACCUCUACCUGCUGCUGGUGGAGGUGUUCGAGAGUGAGUACUCUCGCACCAAGUACUACUACCUAGGCGGCUACUGCUUCCCUGCGCUGGUGGUUGGCAUUGCCGCCGCCAUUGACUACCGCAGCUACGGCACCGAGAAGGCCUGCUGGCUCCGAGUGGACAAUUACUUUAUCUGGAGCUUCAUCGGCCCUGUCUCCUUUGUCAUCGUGGUGAACCUGGUAUUCCUCAUGGUGACGCUGCACAAGAUGAUUCGCAGCUCGUCCGUGCUCAAGCCAGACUCCAGUCGCCUGGACAACAUUAAGUCCUGGGCCCUGGGCGCCAUUGCACUGCUCUUCCUGCUGGGUCUCACUUGGGCCUUCGGCCUCCUUUUCAUCAACAAGGAGUCUGUGGUUAUGGCCUAUCUGUUCACCACCUUCAACGCCUUCCAGGGGGUCUUCAUCUUCGUUUUCCACUGCGCCUUGCAGAAGAAGGUGCACAAGGAGUACAGCAAGUGCCUGCGCCACUCGUACUGCUGCAUCCGCUCCCCGCCAGGGGGUGCGCACGGCUCCCUCAAGACCUCAGCCAUGCGCAGCAAUACCCGCUACUACACAGGGACCCAGAGCCGGAUCCGGAGGAUGUGGAAUGACACGGUGAGGAAGCAAACAGAGUCCUCCUUCAUGGCAGGUGAUAUCAACAGCACCCCCACCCUGAACCGAGGCACCAUGGGGAACCACCUCCUGACCAACCCCGUGCUGCAGCCUCGCGGGGGCACCAGCCCCUACAACACACUCAUUGCCGAGUCGGUGGGCUUCAACCCCUCCUCACCCCCCGUCUUCAACUCCCCAGGGAGCUACCGGGAACCCAAGCACCCCCUGGGCGCACGCGAGGCCUGUGGCAUGGACACGCUGCCGCUCAACGGCAACUUCAACAACAGCUACUCGCUGCGCAGCGGCGACUUCCCCGCGGGCGACGCGGGCCCCGAGCCCCGCGGGCGCAACCUGGCCGACGCGGCCGCCUUCGAGAAGAUGAUCAUCUCCGAGCUGGUGCACAACAACCUGCGGGGCGCGGGCGCCAAGGGGCCGCCGCCGCCGCCCGAGCCGCCCGCGCCGCCGGGGCCGCCCGGCGAGGAUGAGGCCGGGCCCGCGGGCGCCGACCGCGCCGAGAUCGAACUGCUGUACAAGGCGCUGGAGGAGCCGCUGCUGCUGCCGCGCGCGCAGUCGGUGCUGUACCAGAGCGACCUGGACGAGUCCGAGGGCGGAGCGGCCGACGACGGCGCUGGCCGGCCGCUCUCCUCCCCGCCGGGCCGGGACUCGCUCUACGCCAGCGGGGCCAACCUGCGGGACUCGCCCUCCUACCCGGACAGCAGCCCCGACGGGCCCGGCGAGGCCCUGCCCCCGCCACCGCCCGCGCCCCCGGGGCCCCCUGAGAUCUACUACACCUCGCGCCCGCCGGCCCUGGUGGCCCGGAACCCCCUGCAGGGCUACUACCAGGUGCGGAGGCCCAGCCACGAGGGCUACCUGGCCGCACCGGGCCUCGAGGGGCCGGGGCCCGACGGCGACGGCCAGAUGCAGCUGGUCACCAGCCUCUGAGGGACCUUGCGGACCAGGGGCGGGCCGGGGCGCCCUGGGCUCGGCCGUGGCUGGUGGGCGGCCCCUCAGUCCCCGCCAGGACCCGGCCAUGGGCGCACACAGGGUCUCCACCAGCCACCCACACCAGCUCGAUUUGGGGGAGUGCAGUGAGGAGGCCCUGAGCCCCCCACAGGGCAGGAGGGAGGACUGGCACCCGCCGCUCUUGCCUCUAAUGCCCUGGGCCCGGAGGGGACCCCGCGGGGUCCGGCCUGGCUGCCUACCCCUGUCUUGGUGGGCAGGAUGGGUGGUCAGGGGCCCCACCCCCAUGCACCCCACUCUCCCUGCCUCCAGCAACCAGAGCCUAUGGCCCAUGCCCAGGCAGUAGUGGCUGGCAGUUUUAAGGUGGAACUUUCCACAAGCUCCUUCCCCUUGCUAUGGGUCCCCCACCCCCCAGAGUGCACCCAAUGACCCCCUCCCUUGGGGCGACUCCUGAUGAAGCACAACUCCCCACAGGGGUGGCCCAGGCUGGUCAGUUCCCAGUCCUGUGGGCCCGGCUAUCUGGGGAGCAGAUUGUGGGUCCGGGUCUCCCUGGGGAGUGGGUCCCGGGCUUGGAUCUUUCCCUAGGGACUCCUCUUGCCCCCUCCUCUUGCCCCCUCCUCUUCCCCCCCUGCCCCCCAUUGCUGUAAAUAUUUCAACGAAAUGGAAAAGAACAAAAAAGACAAAAAAAAAAAAUCUCAUCACUUGAAGCCACCAGGCGCCUGUGGCCCAGGCCAGCCCAGACUUUCUUGGGAGCGGAGCAGAGUGGGGGGGCGCCACUGGCCACCCCUGCCCCCCCAGCCAGGAUUUCUCCAUGGAUGUCCUGUGCACCCCGCGCCCUGCGGGGCAGCGGCAGAGCAGCUUUCCACACCAGAGACAGCAACAGCGAAACAAAGAACCCGGUGCCCAUCCGGCCUGUCACCUCCUUCCCUGCUCCGCCGCCCCUGCAUCCGUCAGCCCCCUCCUCCCCCCCGGGGCGUGUACCUCACUGCCUGCCCCAGGACCAGGGCCUGUCUCCCCUCUGCUCCCCACUGGCCCAGGGAGACACCCUCACACCCAAAGAGGCUCUUGCCAAGACCGGCUGCGCUGCCCCUCCAUGUGCACACCCCCUCCCUGUGCUCCCUACCGGAGCAGGGGGUGCGGGGGGCCUGGGGGGGCCUCUCCCCAUCCCCUCUGCCCCUGGAGGGGCACAGCUGGUCCAGGCCUGGGCUGUCACCUGAGCCCCUCUCCGUCCUCAGGCCCCCUGCUUCUCCCAGCCUUUUGGGGUAGUGCAGCCCCUCAUCGCCAUUUCCCAGAGGUGCCCCUGCCUCUGCCCUGAUCUCUGUCUCUUGCCCUCCUCCCUCUUUUCUCACAAGUGCCAUGAGUUUCCAAACAUCUCCGGGUCUCAGCCUGCUGCUGCCAUGAACUUUGGGUUUUGGGGGAGGAGGCCUCUAGGAAGGAGGGGGACCCUUUUUUUUUUGCUGCUAGAAAGCCCCCUCCCUGGUGCUGGGGAGCUGGGGCUGGCUUGUCCCCAUCAGUUAGGGGAGAAGGGGUCAGACCAAAGAGGGUGGUUUGGUCCCAGUGGGGAGCAGGCGGGGGUGACCACAUCUCUGGCAAGUUGUGGUGGUGGGGGGGUCUUGGACUGAUGUCACCACAGACCCGGGGGGGGGUCAAGGUCUAGCUGGGCAGAGGGGACAGAGGGCCUGGCCACCAGGGGAGGGGAAAUCUCCCCUGCCCAGCCCCCCAUCUCUCCAUACAACGACAAUCAAGGGGAGAGAGGGUGCAGGGGGGCAGUCACCCAGGUGGGCUCCCGGGCCUCGGGGCUGCAUGGUGGCGCCCCCUGGCGGGGCUGGACACCACUGCAGCCCAGUGCAGCACCACCCCAACCAGACCCGGUGCCUUGAUGCCCCCCCACCCCAGCUGGGACGGGACGGACAAGGGUCUUGGUUUCCUCCCCCACGCCCCUCCGUGGGCUCCUGGAUUCAUUUGCUCCUAAAUCUUGUCUGUUCUUUCUCCCUGCAUUCUUUUCUGUUGGGUCCCCCCCUCCUGCGCCCCCUGCCCCAUGUCUUUCUCGCUGUCUCCGCCCCUCUUUCUACUCAUCCCUGAUCUCCGUCCAUUUGGGCCUCCCCGCCCCACCCUUGCCCCACCGCACCCCUCUUCGGUCUCCUUUUCGAUAUGCCAAACCAAUUUUGGGUCGAGUGCAUUUAACGAGAACAAAACAAAAAGGCUCAUAACGAACGUUUCAGAAAAAAACAAAAAGUUUAAAAAAAAUUGUUGAGUCAAAAAAAAAGUCAAACAAUAAAGAAAUUAAGAUUUCUUGGAA